UGAGUCGACGGCUUUUCACCACAGUCGUCAUUUGGCGCUAGUUCAGGACGGUCGUAAGUUGUAAGUUGUGUUUUGUUCAGUUGUAAGUUGCUCGUUGUAGUUGAUUAACAACACUUUGUUCUUUUUUUUUUUUUUUUAUUGGACAGGUUCUAAGAUGAUUGAAUACAAAAAUUGUCCAACACACAUUCAAGGGGGAACCAUUCAUGUCCUACCACAACCUCACCCCCAAACCUCUUCAUUUUAAAGGCUUUAAAAAAAUAAUUUAUCAUCACGUGAGCAUCUAUAUUUUAUUGGAGUUAUUCACAUGUAUUGAUUAUCGUACUGAUUAUCGUAUAACAUAAACUUUAAUUUUGUCACUGUUGAAUUUUCCCAAACGGUUUUCUAAAAAAAAAUUAAAAUAUUGUAUUUUUAUUUUUGUUUAAUGAUAUUUUAUAAAAUAAGAAAUAAUAAUCCAGAGUUUUACAAUAGAUAAAUUAUUUUUGAGACUUCUAAGUAGCAGGUAGAAACUAGCGCAACAUGCAUUCAAUAUUAUGAAUAGAAAACAAUGUCUGUUGUUAAGUUAUUAUUUCAUAAAUAAAGUACAUUUCAAAAAAUGAUGUCGUUGAAAUGCUUAAAAUUCGAAACUAUUCAGCGGAAAUUCCGUCAAAAUUUGAGCUAAAAUGACUAAGACUUGCCCGUAAAAGUCCAGACUUGUCCGUGAAGAUCCUAAGAACUGUAGGAUGUCCACGUGAAUCCAUGGUUUUCGUUCACAGUUAGUUUUUUGAAGACGGCCCAGAGAUUAGGUUUGGAAGAAAAUGAAAUGUAGCAAAUUUAGAAAAAUUGGAACCGAAAGUCCAAAUUUAAUUUUUUUUUUUUGUUUAAAUGAUCUAUACAUCAUUAUAAAUACAUCAUUAACUACUUCUUACCACACAGCAACCUACAACACAAGUCAUAAGGCAAAAAAUAUACAAUAUGACACACACACAAGACAUCUACACAAAUCAUGCAACACAAGACACACUUCACACGAGACAUACAACACAAGGCAUACAACACAAGACAUACAACACAAGAUUUAAUCAUAUACUCCAUCUUUCAACCCCUUCAGUCUAAGUUGAUCCACUGAAUAAAGUUUUGAUAAGAUGCAGCCCUUCCGUCUGGCCAUGUUGCUGGGUGUGCUGAUGUUGGCUUUAGCUUCUGGUGAGUUAGUUGUGCACGUUCCUCUGGAAGACUUCAUUCAUUUUUUAGAGGUUGAAAGAAAAAAAAAGAAUGUAAACGAAGAUGUGGUCGCCAAGAGAAUCUGGGGGAUGCUGAGAUACUACAGCAGCGUUGUUCGUCUGUGGUAUUAUGACAUCAGCGUCCACAUCACAUAUUUUUUUUUGUCGAUCACAAAAAAAAAAAAAAAAAAAAAUUAAAAAAAAAAAAAAAAAAAAAAAAAAAAAUUAAAAAAGGAACUUAUACUUAUAAAGGCAGGUUUACUUUUUUUAAAAUUAUAUACAUUGAAAACAGAUUAGGCGCCUCGCAGUUCAAUAAGAUAUAUUUUAACAAACUGGGCCACCAGCACAAACAUGUUAAGGACCUUCGUACUUAAAAACAAAACAAAACAUGUAUUUAAAUACAAACCGUUUGGGUGUGAGAGUUAUGAGCAGUGACAACAAGCAUUUUGGGCGUGAGAGUUGAGAGACGUGACGGCAAGAAGGCUACACAAUAUUUGAAAUCAAUUAAGUUGUUUAUAAUUUUUUUUUAUUUAUUUAAAAAUGCGUAUGUUCUGGCAUAAGAGUUUACUUGAAAACAAAGUAUGACAUGUUCCUACAGAUAGAGCCCCUCAAUAGGACAUCAUUUUAUGGUCCAAAUUUGAUAUACAUCAUGCAACCCAGUAAUUUAAUCAAGAUAAAACUCUAUUGUAAUUAUUGAAAUUUCAGAAUGUUUCGAGAUUUUUUUUAAAAUAUAAAACUCUCAAUUACCACAUGGAUCCUUGCAGGGGCGUGCAGAGGACAUUAGGGCGCCGAAGAAAUCCAAAUUUAAGGCCCUUACAAGUUUCAAAAUUAUUGUUUAAAACGUAUCUUUCUCCACCCAUAAGGGGCCCCAAGUGAACGGGACCCCUAGUGAUUUAAUCGCUUGCCUCAGCCUCUGUAUGGCCCUAAUUCCAUGUUCUUUCUCUCUAAAUCCUGUACCGAAUCCUGUCAGUUGGCUACACAAGUGCAAUCGAUGACAGUGAGUCUGGUGAUCUUGACGAUCUUCAGCACAGAGUUCUCAGAAGUGCUCAGAGACCACAACGUGGUGGUGGCGGCAGGUCUGUAAUCCAUAGCUGUAGUGGCAUGUCUGUCAUCCAUGGUUGAUGUAAAGGCGGGUCUGUAAUCCAUAGUUGUAGUGGCCUGUCUGUAAUCCAUGGUUGGGUUAAAGGCAGCUCUGUAAUUCAUAGUUGUAGUGGUGUGUAUGUAAUACAUAGUUGAUGUAAAGGCAGGUCUGUAAUCCAUAGUUGUAGUGGCAUGUAUGUAAUCCAUAGUUGGGGUAAAGGUGGGUCUGUGAUCCAUAGUUGUAGCGGCAUGUAUGCCAUCCAUAGUUGAUGUAAAGGCAGGUCUGUAACUCAUAGUUGUAGCGGCAUGUAUGCAAUCCAUAGUUGGGGUAAAGGUGGGUCUGUGAUCCAUAUUUGUGGUAAAGGCAGGACUGUAAUCCAUACUCACUUGUGUUAAAGGUGGGUCUUAAAUCCAUAUUAAAAAAAAUUUUCCCCCUAAAGUGGUGGUCCACCGACAGGCAGCUGUUCUUUGUGCAUUGUGUGAUGCGGGUUUCUACCCAUUAAGGAAUUAAACCAAAUAAUAAUUGUUUUGUAAAAAUUGUUUUUUUUUUUUAAACUUCCUGUAAAGAAUCAUGCAUAGAACUAAAAUAAUGAUUCACUUAUCAUGCAUACAACCAAAAAUAUGGAUUCACUUAUCAUGCAUACAACCAAAAAUAUGGAUUCACUUAUCAUGCAUACAACCAAAAAUAUGGAUUCACUUAUCAUGCAUACAACCAAAAAUAUGGAUUCACUUAUCAUGCAUACAACCAAAAAUAUGGAUUCACUUACCAUGCAUACAACCAAAAAUAUGGAUUCACUUAUCAUGCAUACAACCAAAAAUAUGGAUUCACUUAUCAUGCAUACAACCAAAAAUAUGGAUUCACUUAUCAUGCAUACAACCAAAAAUAUGGAUUCACUUAUAAAAAUUCGUUAUCUUAGGUCUUUAUUGGUGGGUUUUUUUUUAUAUAUUAAAAUGUUAAACAAAACAAUUUAUGUUAUCCUUAAAUAAAUUAAACGAUCCUUAAAAUAACAUUCUUCGUAUAGAUCUUUUAUUGACAUUUUGAAAAUUUUUAAUUAAUAUUCUUGUCCCAACCGCUUUUACAUCGCAUAUUUUUUUUUUACAAACUAUUUCGGAAAAACAAAAGAAAAUAUUACUCAGCAAAAGCAUCUUUAAAAAAAAUUAGAUUACUAUGUCUUAUUUAAAGAUGAAUUCCACUUGUGUUCGUCCCCUACAUUAAGGGAUACAAUGUCAAUGAAUGGCAGAAUGCUACAUUUGAUAUCCCCCCCCCCUUUUGCAAUUAAAUUAUAUUAAUUUUCUUACAUUUAGCGCAGUUAACGGGACUUUUUUUCGUGAAAUCGGUGACAUCGUAUCUCCUUCAUCUUUCCAUUGAAAACAGGAAAAAAUCAGAUUAAUGGGUGUUGAGGCUGAAAAUGUGAAAGAAUGCGUUGUCUCAGUUUCAAGUUUCAGCUCGAUAGGUUGACAGGAAGUGGGUCAAUUAGAAGAUUUAUUGGGUCAGUUAAUCAGCCAGCCAGCCACGAACAAAAGCACAAUUAAUAGGAAGGAUUUUUUUAAAAUCUGUGGGAAAUGGAGCUUAUAUGGUAUUUUCUACCUUCUGUCAAACAAUUUUGGAUAAGCAAUAUCUACUUUUAGAAAUGAAGGUGUAAUAUUUCGAUGGUGUAGAAAAAUACUAUAAUAUUAAUUUAGUUUCAUUUUUUUUUCUUCACAUUUUGUCAUAAUUUGUGUUGAGUUUAAGGGUUGAAAAAAAAAAAUUUGUUAUUUAAAAAAAAAAAAAAAAAAAAACACAUUCAUGUAUCUCCAACUUAUUUCAUUUUUUUUUUUUUAUUUUAUUUUUUUUUUUUUUUUUUAAUUUUUGUUAUAAUUUUGUUUGAGUUUAAGGGUUGAAAAAAAAAAAUUUUUUUUUUUAAAAAAAAAAAAAAAAGCAACAUAUUCAUGUAUCUCAAAUUUAUUUCAUUUGUUUUCAUUACGACCAAACUCCCCCCCCCCUAUUUGAAUUCCUUUCAGGAGGACAACCUCCCCUAGACCCGUCAGGCUGGCAACAGAGGCGCGCCUCGGUACCGCCAGCAGCAAGUUCGGCUUCAAGUUGUUUGGAACGCUCUACCCUCAGCUGACGUCAAAUGUGAUCAUCAGCCCUCACAGCGUGCACACGGCUCUCUCCAUGGUCAUGGCAGGGGCGAAACGAGCCACCGAGAAUGAGUUUUUCACCGCCUUGGGUUAGACGUCACAUUUUAGCAAUCAUUCAAUCAAUAUUUCAUUCAAGCGUUUCGUUUAAUCCUUAUUUUAUUCAAUCAUUAAUUUAUUCAAUUAGUAUUUCAUUCGAACAUAUAUUUGAUCUUAUUUUCAUUCGUUGAUUCAUUUAAUCUAUCAUUCAAGUGUUCAUUCAUUCUUUCCUCAUGUCCUGACUUAUGUCCAUUGACGAAUUAUUUGACUGUUGUAAGUAGCGUAGCGAGUGCCUGGGCAGGGCAAGUGAUCGCUCCUCCAAGACCAUCGGUCCGAAAGCGUUUCAUAAACUAUUUUAUUUUUCAUCGGUAUUAUUUCCGGGGGAAAAUAAGCAAUUGCUGCUAAAUUUGUCUAAAGUAAAAUUGGCUAAAUUCAACAUUAUGGUCCUCGCUGCUCCUCUUCUUUCAAACUUAAUUGUAGCGCAUAUCAAAAGACAAUGACGAGACGACAUCUUUCUGUUGGGUCAGGCAGAGUGAACUUUUUCUGCCCAAGUUUUUGUUUUUGUUUUUAUGUUUUGAGAAGCACUUAGAAAGUCAUUUACAUACCACAAUUUUCCCUUUUUUUAGUUUCUGUUGUGUUUAAAUGUCAUCCUAAUGACAUAUAUUGUCAGAGCUGCAUGCCAAAUUUAGCUGGUCAUCAUGGAGAUAAUGCAGCAUUCGGUCAAUCAAUUUACAAUGUCAGCUAGUGACGAACAUGACACGAAACACAAAUGUGACUUGUAAUCACGGCCGUAACAUUAGACCAGGUAUUUUUCCACAGGACUCAGCCAAAGUGGUCUAAGAAGAAACCAAAUUCACCAAGUCUAUCAAUCGGCGCUGAACUCUCUCUCGACUGCCCCAGAUAUCAUCGUCAGAAACGCGAAUGCCAUAUUUGUGAAGCCCCAAACUACCCUCAAACAGCCAUUCAGGUAAAACUAUUUCAAAGAAAUCUCUCAGAUAAAACUAUUUUAAAAAUACCUUUAAGGUAUAACUCACUCAUAAAUCUUGUGAUGACCUCUCUCAGGUAACUAUUUAAGUACAAAAAAACUCUUAAGAAUAAAUUGUCAUUAAAGCUCUAUGAAAUAAUUUUUUAGGUAAGAUUCUCUCAGAUAAAGUGUCACGCAGCAUGUUCUAAGAAAAACAUUGAGGCGAAUAUCUUUAUUAUUACUAUUAUUUUGUUGGCAUUUUUGUAUAGCGCUUACCUUACAGCUCUAAGCGCAUUACAAUUUAUUAAAAAUAUGUAAACUAUUUAAACUGCUAAAGCAAAAUAUCUUUGACACAAUCUGUAAUGCAUAACAAAAUCAGCUCUUCAGACGCCGAUUAAAACUAUCCCAAAGACCUUUCCAAAAUCUCAUUGGCUUAUACCACAAAUGACAUCCAUUAUUUCAGACAAGCUCUUACACAAAGGUACCAGGCAAAAGUCGAGAAUUUUGACCUCACCCAUCCUUCAGGACCGGAAGCACCAAUCAACGCAUGGGUAUCAGAGGCAACCGCAGGUAAAAUCACCGACCUUCUUGCCCCGCAGACCAUCACUGAGUCCACCUCGGCCAUCAUCAUCAACGCCCUCCUAUUCAAUGGAACCUGGGUGAACAGAUUUACACCCGGACUGACAGCUUUGAAACCUUUCAAUUCUCUCAGCGAAGGAGAAAAGCAGGUGCAGACCAUGACGGCAACAGCAUUCUACAAGUACGGUGAAUUCUUUUUUUUUUAUUUGAUAUGUGAAAAAACUCGAUGUUGUUUGUUGUUUUUUAUGACGACAAAUAUUUUUUUUUUUUAAUAUUGUAAGACUGUAUAAAUGUUGCACUAUUACAGUCAUUCAUAAAAGAUAUGUUUAAUUUAUCAUCUUUUUUAUUUUUCCUUUAUCACAUCAAUAUUUUAGUAAUAUCUAAAGUUUCUUAAUCACAUCAAUAUUUUAGUAAUAUCUAAAGUUAACUUCCACAAAUCCAUGAACAUUUUGAUCACAAGCUUUGAUGACGCCAUCACGAAGUCCAGGACUUCAAAUACAACUUUUUACCUCUCCCCAGCUACGGAAGCCGAAACAAUUUUGAGAUCAUCGAAUUGCCCUUUGUAGGAGGCAGAUUCUCCAUGUUCAUCAUUCUGCCUAAUGCCAACUCUACAAUAGCAGCCUUCCAACAGGUAAUAGCAUGUAUACCAUAAUGGUAACUCUGCAAUAGCAGCCUGCCACAGUUAAUAGUAAUCAUACCACAAUGCCAUCUAUACCAUGGCAGCCUGCCAACCGAUCAUAAUACUGCAAUACCAUAGCAGCUUGCCAAAAGGUCAUAGUAAUUAUACCAAAUUGUCAACUCUACUAUAGAAGCCUGCUAAUAGGUAAUACUAUUAUACCACAAUGCCAACUCUUCUACAGCAGCCUGCCAAGAGGUGAAAGUAGCAUUUAUACCGCAACGCCAACACUAUAUAGGGUUUUUGGUGUGUGGGUUGUCACUUGGGCUGGUAGGGUGCAUAUUUUGUCCAAUUUAUUAAAUCUCAGGUUUAGAAAGGCUUAUAUAAAUUAUUCAAUAAAACUUUUUUUAAAAAUGCAUUGGGAAAAAACUCAAAACUUUUCCAACAUUUUUUUUCCCACCCUUCGUUGGGGCUCUUAACCUCUCAGGCUUUAGAUCGAAAAACCAAUAAAGUCAUAUCAGAUGCUGUUUUUUUUUUAUUUUUAUUGUUUGUUGUUGUUGUUAUUGUUGUUUUUGGCCCGGGGGGGCGUGUUUACGGGUUACGGGGAUGACGUUCGAGAAGUAUCGUAUUUGAAAUCUCUAUAUCAUGGUGUGUCAAGUUUUAGAAUAUUUCGUUGUUCCCAAUUUUGACACGCUGGUUUUGGAAAGGUCUUUGGGAUAGUUUUAAUGUUUAUGUGAAUGAAAACGAAAGUUCAUGGGUUAUACAAGUUUGGCUAGCCGUGUCAAUGAAAAAGUUAGUUCAUGAGUUAUACAAGUUUGGCAAGCCGUGUCAAUGAAAAAGUUAGUUCAUGAGUUAUACAAGUUUGGCAAGCCGUGUCAAUGGAAACGUUAGUUCGUGGGUUAUACAAGUUUGGCAAGCCGUGUCAAUGAAAAAGUAAGUUCAUGAGUUAUACAAGUUUGGCAAGCCGUGUCAAUGGAAACGUUAGUUCGUGGGUUAUACAAGUUUGGCAAGCCGUGUCAAUGGAAACGUUAGUUCAUGAGUUAUACAAGUUUGGCAAGCCGUGUCAAUGGAAAUGUUAGUUCGUGGGUUAUACAAGUUUGGCAAGCCGUGUCAAUGGAAACGUUAGUUCGUGGGUUAUACAAGUUUGGCAAGCCGUGUCAAUGAAAAAGUUAGUUCAUGAGUUAUACAAGUUUGGCAAGCCGUGUCAAUGGAAACGUUAGUUCGUGGGUUAUACAAGUUUGGCAAGCCGUGUCAAUGGAAACGUUAGUUCGUGGGUUAUACAAGUUUGGCAAGCCGUGUCAAUGAAAAAGUAAGUUCAUGAGUUAUACAAGUUUGGCAAGCCGUGUCAAUGAAAAAGUAAGUUCAUGCGUUUCCCAUUUUGAAUGUAAAAAAAGACGGCGAAAAGCCUUUUCGGUUUAAAGUUUGUUUCAGCAAAUGAAAACUAAAAAAUAGAAAAUUAGAAAGCUAAAUUAAUGUAACUGAAAUGUGACAGGAAAUACAAUAAGCAAUAAAGCUACAUAACAACAAACCGUAUAUUAUAAUAUGCUUUGUUCAAUAUGCAUAUUGAACAAAGCAUAACAUAAUAUACGGUGCAUCACCAGUUCUUUGCUUACAAAUUAUUAUUUAUUUUUUUUAUUUUUUUUGGUUGGUGAUUCUUCUUUAUCUUCUUUAUCUUCCACUCUCAAGAGGCUGACCAGCGCCAGGGGCAACGCCAACCCAGUCAAUGAUUUAAUCAGUAACCUGGAAAGUCGUAGACUAAGACUGUCACUGCCAAAGUUUAGGAUCGAGAGCGGUGAACUUGACCUGAAGGAGUCCCUGGUUAGCUUGGGCUUGAGGAAGGCGUUCACCCCUCAGGUCAGAUGGAGUUACACUUUGACCCUUUUUUUUCACUUGAUGUCUUUAGAGAAUGUAAACACAUUCAGAGAGCUGCACUUAUUGUCGCUCAACUUUAAACAUAUUCAGAGGACUUUACAUAUCUUCUUUAAACCCUGAAAACGUUCCGAGAGCUGUAUACAAAGAUAAUUUUGAAUGUAUUACUUGAAGAAUUUUAAUUAGACGAUGUAUCGUUUCAUGAGUAGAUUGAAAAGUCACUCUUUGCAUAUAACCCCCCCCCCUCCCUUUAUUCUCCCAUUGACAUCAGGCUGAUCUGUCAGGUAUAAGUGCGGUCAGGCUGUUCAUCAGUGACGUCAAACAGAAAGCCGUCAUUGACAUUGACGAGAAUGGCUGUGAGGCGGCGGCAGCAACGGCAGUGCUAAUUGCGAGAAUGUAAGUUCUUUCCUCUCUCUCUCUCUCUCUCUCUCUAUCAUACUUUCUCUUUUUGUCUCUCUCUCUCUCUCUCUUUCUCCCUAUAUCUCUUUUUUUUUCUCUCGCUCUUUCUCUCUCUGUCUCUUGCUCUCUAUCUAUAUUUCUCUCUCUCUCACUCUCUCUAUUUAGUUCUCUAUAUUUUCUCACUCUCUCUCUCUCUCUCUCUCUCUUUCUCUCUCUUUAAUUCUCUCUCAAUAGGCAAUUCACAGAUGAGCAAUCCUCCAAUUGACAAUGAAUUAAUUUUCAAACCAUCAAUUUAAAACCACCAAUUUACAAACGACCAAUAGACAAACCACAAAUGGACAUCCACCAAUAGACAAACCACAAAUGGACAUCCACCAAUAGACAAACCAAUAAUGGGCAUCCACCAGUAGACAAACCAAUAAUGGACAUCCACCAAUAGACAAACCAAAUAAUGGACAUCCCCCGAUAGACUAACCAACUAUGGACAUCCACUAACAGACUAACCAACAAUGGACAUCCCCCGAUAGACUAACCAACAAUGGACAUCCCCCGAUAGACAAAUCAACAAUGGACAUUCCCCGAUAGACAAACCAACAAUGGACAUUCCCCGAUAGACUAAACAACAAUGGACAUCCCCCGAUAGACUAAACAACAAUGGACAUCCCCCGAUAGACAAAACAACAAUGGACAUCCCCCGAUAGAAAACCAACAAUGGACAUCCACCAAUAGACAAACCAAAUAAUGGACAUCCCCCGAUAGACUAACCAACAAUGGACAUCCCCCGAUAGACUAACCAACAAUGGACAUCCACCAAUAGACUAACCAACAAUGGACAUCCCCCGAUAGACUAACCAACAAUGGACAUCCCCAGAUAGACUAACCAACAAUGGACAUCCACCAAUAGACAAACCAACAAUGGACAUCCACCAAUAGACAAACCAACAAUGGACAUCCACCAAUAGACUAACCAACAAUGGACAUCCACCAAUAGACUAAUCAACAAUGGACAUCCACCAAUAGACUAAUCAACAAUGGACAUCCACCAAUAGACUAAUCAACAAUGGACAUCCAUCAAUAGACAAACCAACAAUGGACAUCCACCAAUAGACAAACCAACAAUGGACAUCCACCAAUAGACAAACCAACAAUGGACAUCCACCAAUAGACUAAUCAACAAUGGACAUCCACCAAUAGACAAACCAACAAUGGACAUCCACCAAUAGACAAACCAACAAUGGACAUCCACCAAUAGACAAACCAACAAUGGACAUCAACCAAUAGACAAACCAACAAUGGACAUCCACCUAUAGACAAACCAACAAUGGACAUCCACCAAUAGACAAACCAACAAUGGACAUCCCCCGAUAGACAAACCAACGAUUAAAAUUCACCUUAACGCCCAUCACAUUUAUAUGUUUAAAGAACAACAAAAAACUUAUAUCGAGAGACGGGAAUGUGAUCAGCUUGUGGUGAGAGAGAGGAUUGCUUUUUAUUUCGUUGCAGUUUUCUAGAGGCUUAGGUUAUUUGCAAUCUCCACCCUGAGAGUAUACCAGUCAUUAUUCUUAUCUUUGAAAGGUCUGCAAUAAUUGCUCCCGAACCGCUUGAGGUCAAAGUUGAUCGACCCUUUGUCUACCUGAUCCAGGACAAGGUCAACAAGGGCACUCUCUUCCUGGGAGCUUACCUUGGCCAGACGGCACAAUGAUCGGCUGAUUGAUUACCUGACAGGAGGACUUAUGUAUACGCUCCGCCAUGUUAACAAUAUUUUUCAUAGAUUUGUGCUAAAGCUGUAUACUCGAAUGUUUUAUUUUACAUAUAUCUGUGUUAUUUAUGUAUUUACACAUAUAGACAGCACAGCAUUGUGUAAUAUGUGUAAGCUUAAAAUAUAUUUUUAAAAAAAACAUAACUACAUAAUGUUUGUAUUCAAUACAAAAUUGAUAUUGGCGUUUCUGUUUUCUUCAAAUGUGUAUGAUAGAAAUGUAUAAACAAGAGUAUGGAUGGUCGGAAAAUCUUCCAAAAGAUUAUCUAUUGAUUUGCUACAAAUCUUUUUGGAAUCAGAGGUUAGUAAUUACUCUUGAAAAUUAGUUGUAGAAAAAGUACUUCAACACAUAAACUUUCUGUCUUUUUUUUACAAUGCUAGUAUAAUAAUAAACAAAAUACUUUUUCUUUGAGCACUUUU